CCACGUGCUUGUCAACCACUUGAAAUGGGAUGGACUGUGGUUUAUUUGUGCCUUCACAGCAAGGCACGCCGUUUGGUGUGCAUGGGUAUAAAUUCAUGACAGAGUCCUGGGAAAUUUUUUAAUCAUUUUAACAGACUACUAAAUUAACAUUUCUUUUAACUAACAACAAGUCUCCCAGUAUUAGAAGCAAAGGAGUCAAGCAUCAUCAGGCUUUGGGACGCAGAAAAGGACACAAACAGGUCUCAGGACUACAAUGAACAUUCAGUCUGCCAUCAACAAAGAGGUCUUCAUCCCUCGCAAUGAGCGGAUGCUGGUGUCAGUGGAGGUGCAGAGGAGGAAAAGGAAGAGAAUGUCCUUCCUGCCUACUGGAGCCAAAGGAGACUACACCACAUUCAUCUGUGUUUCAGUGACCAACACAAGGCCACAUCAGCUCCUCAUUACAAAGGUGAAGCGGUUUGGUGGCUCAUCAUCCUUCACUAGGAGGUCCCAGUGGACGGUGGAGCAGCUCAGACAGGUCAACGGCAUCAACCCCAACAAGGACAGCCCAGAGUUCGACCUGGUUUUUGAUAAUGCUGUGGACCAGUGGGUGGCCAGCUCAUCAGCAGAGAAGUGUAUCUUUGUCCAGAUACUCUACCAUGCCUGCCAGACCUAUUGGGAGGGGAAGGCAGGAAAUCUGGGAAAAAGUGGGAAGCUAGGCAAGCGUAGAGCAAGCCAUGGUGCUCACCAGGUCAGUACUGGUCCCGGUGACUCCCCACCAGCUUCAUCCAGAACCCUAAAGGCAAGACGGAAGAGCUAUGUUCCUCCCAAACAGGCAGAGUUCAUCAACUGCCAGUCCAAACUGACAGGAGAUGCCUGCACCAUGAACCUGGUCAUCUACCGCUGCAAAGCCUUCUUAAAUCGUAUGAAGAACAUGAUGGUUGCAAACCAAAGAUCACCAGGUCGAGGUCAGUCUGGACGUGUUGCAGGGAGCACUAAUGUUGUUCAGAGAAUGAACGUGGCACUGGGGGAGCGUGGAGACAGACUAACCCGUGCUGAGGACAAAACUGUGGAACUGAUGCACAAAGCUCAGCAGUUUGCAGACACUGCUCACAAGCUGGCCCUGAAGUAUUCCAAAUAGAGUCUGUUGGAGGUAAAUGGAGUUCUUCAGGAUUUGAAGACAAAUUCUGUAACAUGGAACGCUAACACUGUCUGAGGUCUGGUCAGAGCAGAUGCAUCUAACUCCUCAUGCCUGUUUGUGUGAAGACAACUGGAGAAGAGCGACUCUCAGGCUGUCACUAAACUGCUUCUCUUAUACCUGAGUGCCUCUGUCUUACUGAGGAGGUCUGAGGAUCAUCUGCACUGUGUGAACGUUUGAAUGUUUUGCCUGUUGUCAGAUGAAUCUCCUGUCGUUUAUGAGGAAAAGGAAUCUGGACUUUUAGAUUUAAGCUGCAGUUAUUUAACAAAGUUACUGUGAAAUUAUUUUGUUAUUGUCAAAUUGUUUUAAUCCAGCACUUCUUACUGCCUGAUCUAAGAUCUGUGUGACAGGUUGCUCUGCUCAGAGUGAGUGUUUUUUUGGCUGUAAUCGCACUAAAUGUUUGAUGUCACUCUGUUACCACCAUUCUGUUUUCCUGAUAUAUAUGUCUGUAUGUGUGUAUGUGUGCAGUUUACAGCGUCACGUUAGAUCGGUGUUGUCGAUGUCCAAAUGUCACUUUAUAUGUUGUUUGCUGUCCUGAGUCUUCUGGUCUGCGUACGUCAUUGUGGUUUUUUAAGUCUUGUGUCUGAGAGUUGACUGAAGCUGGACCAGGUAAGUCAGAGUGUUUGUCACUGAGAGGAGUUCCAUAGUGAAGCAGGUCUGUGUGGAAACGUCAGAAUGACUAUACAGUAGAAGGUUGAUGUUCGUUGAAACUCUUCAUGUUUGUGUUACUCUGUCAGUCAUUUGGUGUAAGACUGAUUUAUGAUGAGUGAUGAGUGAAGUAUUUGUUUCUCUAAGCUUAACUCUAUGUGGACCUUUUUUGUUUAUUGCACUGUAAUGUAUCAUGAUGUGAAUUUUUCUGAUGUAUUAACUCAGUGACGAUGCUCCCACCCCCCUUUGAACCAAUUAAAUGAGUCUGGACCUGUU